AUGCCGUACAAGGAAGUCAAUCGUGCAGCAAAGAUUCUAAUGCAAAACAAAUCAUGCACGUCAUUCAAUCUUGGCGAAAGGUCAGAGGAAUCAAGAGCUGUGAAUAGUCUCGAAACGAUUCACCCCCGCAGCGAGGAAAUAAGAGCUUGUUUCCGUAGAGAAGAAGCUCUAAGGUAUAGAGAACCUGAAAGGGCUUUCUCAUAUACAACUAUCGAUGGUCAUAAAUCUGUUGUUGCUCCGCUAAAAAGGCGUGGAGGCAAACCAUUAAAAAGGAUUCUUCAUCACCAUAUUCUUAAGACAAAUAGACCGACUCAUUUUUCUCUUCACUGUUUAGUAAGAGAUGCAGCUGCUAGAUUGCCCGGAGGUGUUAGGACUAGAGAUGAUGUUUGUGUUUUGGCAAGGGACUCACAAUUCAUCGUUGAGGACAUCUCCAGUUCACAACUUAACAAAGCUGUAAGGGGAGGGCUGGACCGUCUGCACUAUGAAUUAGACGAUCCAUGUGUAAAAUAUGAGAGGGAAAAGCGUAGGUGGACUUAUCUACAUAGAGAUAGACAAGGAGAAGAUUUUGAAGAUGAUUCAACGUGA